CAGCCGCAUCGUACAGAGAGCAGCCCACCAUCCCCGUGCCCUAGCGUGUCUCCCCCGCGUCGCUCGCUGCUGCCGCCGCCGCCUGCUGUCCUCAUCCCCCUGCAUCUGCGUCCCUCGCCGGCGCCUUCAGCCUCUGCCGACUCGGCGCUGCUCGCCCACGUCCACGCCGCUCCCGCUGAAACAAGGCGCCCUCCUUCCCCGCCUCUCUGCCUCGCGCGAGCGUCCAGUAGCAGGCGCCUGCCCGAGCUGCUCCCCUCUCCUGACGUGCCGCCUCCUCCCUCCAUGCCCGUCGCCGCCGCCGUGCGCCUGCCCCUUCCCCAGCCACCACCGCUUUGGAUCGAGGAUUCGACGGGGGCGCUCAGGUCAGUGCUUUCCGGCCAUCCUCCUCCUAAUCCCCUAUCUCUACAUGGCUGUCUCCCUGGCUCGCCGGCAAUGGCGGUUCCCCCCAUCCCUCCUUCGUUCCCAAUCUCUCUCGAAUGCAACUCCAUCUCCCCGUGCAAACCACCUCCAUUAAUUGGAGCGCAUCCUACUCCUUACCACCACACCCCCCCCCCUCCCCUGGCUCUCUCAAUCUCUCUCCGUGCCAUGCGGCCCUCCCCAAUGGAUCUCUCGUCCUGACACGGACGCAAUGGAGUUCUUCCUCUUCACAGACACGCGGUGGCAGGGCGCAGGCUUCGGCCCAGGCUGAGGUUCUGAUAUCAACAUGCUUCUCAAAGAAGCAAGGAGCAGAUGGUUAAAGCCUUCAGAAGUCUACUCUAUCUUGCUGAAUCAUGAGUGCCUCCUGAUCAGCCACGAGCCACCAAAAAUUGAGGGAGUUGGCUGUCUUCGACGCGGCAUUUCACAUUAUUGAGUUCAUCCCAGUUGAGCAGAUUUGGAGAUUGACAAACCAAAGCAGGCUUUUGGAAUUGAGGAGCCCCAAGGAUCCUCUUUGGCUGUCAGAUCUACUCCCAAGUUUAUUACUAAAUGUUUAUAACUGUAUAUAAUUAGCUACAUUUUGGGGCAUGCAUUCCAGUCUAAUGAGAGCAUUUUUAAUAUUCCCUUUUCAAGAUUACACAUGUUCAUCUUUUGGCUAGCAUAGAUGAUCCAGGCUCCAGAGUUUGCAUUUUUUUUAAACAAAUUUCCAUAUUAAACCUACCUAUCUUUUGCUUGUAUGAUAGGAUUGUGCGUAUCCUUUUCUGUUUCUUUUCACUUAUAUGGAUGCUAAUUGUGCUAACAUCUCAGAGAGAAGAAAAGCCGCAAAGUCAAGAGUAUGCUGCAGAACAUGGUUUGCCUACACUGAAAAAUGUCCUACUGCACAAGAUAAAGGGUUAUAAUUGCUGUCUGCAAGAGCUGAGGAGUUUCUUAGAACCCUUUUUUCACUUUGUUCUUUGUUGUAGCAUUUGUAAGAGUCGUCAUUUGGGCAGCCAUUUUCUGAAUCAUAGGAUUCGUGCUCAAAUUAUUGUCAGCUGACCGACCUGUCAGCUUUGCAAAAAGUAGUUCCCGGAAGAAAAAUGCAGCGAGUUUGGCAAAUGCUCUCUUUUUUUGUUGAGCAAUCAUGCCAUCUAUCAACGAAUUUGUAUUUAUUAUUUGUACUUUUUAACAGAUUUUUCUAUUACUCCUUAAUUAUACUGAUGCACUUAAGAUGAUUUUUCCUGACAUAUCAAAGCAUAGAAGUAUUUAUGGUUACAGUCUUUAGAGUGGUUGAUCACACUCUCUUCCUUUUUUAAUAACCGGUGUACUUUCAAUUAUGCAUGUCAAUGAUAUGCCCUCUUCUUAAACAAUGUAUAUAGUGUUGUAUGUCAUUCAUUUAUAGAAGUGUCAGACAAUUUUUUUUAAGUGGUGCCAUCUUUUUGUCGUUCUGUAGCAACGCACGGGCACUUAACUAUUAAUUUGUUAAUUCUGUUUAUUAGUUUAUCUGCCUUCAGUUUGUCACCUUGGUAUCUUAUACUAUUACAUUACGUUGCCACUCUUUUGUAGAGUCAUUGAAGAAGUCAUCAAAUAAAGUGUCUGUUCUUUCGAAGUGCUCCACGUGCACAUUUGACGAUCAUGAAACUAUGGUAUAUUGUGAGAUUUGUGGGGUUUUCUGGGAAUCUUUCGUCAAAUCUGCCAAGGAUGGUUUGAUAAAAGUAGGUUCCAUCAAUGGAGUAUCAACUGAUUCUGGGACACACACAGUGUCAAGCUCUCAUUGCAGUGUACGACAAACUUUCGUGGUGAUUCCGAGAAAAAGUAUGCUAGCACAUCCAAAGGAUCUGGACAUACACAUGUUAUCAUUGAGAUAUUAGGCACUUGAGAGAUAUGCCUCCUGUGUGUCAAAUUCUUCAGACAAAUGGAUAUCAGGCACUUGACCUUUACAAAUUCUUCAGACAAACGGUACUCAACUCAGUACAAUGGUGGCAGAACAGGUACUCCUUGAUAUCUACCAUGAGAAAAAGACAAAAUUACUGAUCCAUUAAUAUGCGUACUUCACUCAAUCAUGUCGCUGGCAGUUAAAUUGAUUUGUGCAAUAGAUCUUGUGCAGCAGCCUCUUUGGUGCUGCACCAAGUAAUUUCAUAUUGCUAUCACAUGGAAGCUUCUCUAGAUAGCACUGGGGGUGAUUCAGUUCUAGGUAAAGAAAAUAAAAGGUUAUAAUGCAUUAUAGGAGCAGGGCAAGAGUAGUAAGGUGAAGGCUUAUUCCCUUGCACUAAUCAAUCAUUGGCUAGCUGGACAAUGGACAUGAAUCAGUCAGUCAGCUUCUAUGAUAAAAUUUAUGCAAGUUUUGUAUGGUUUCUUAUUAUUGGGUUGAUUUUUAUGCAUUCGUAAAUUGUUCCUUCAGAAUUAUAAUUCAGAUGUGAAGUGGCAAGGAUCAUGAAUAGACAGGUCAAUGAAAUCUAUCUUGGUGAUUAAGUUUAUGAAUCAAAAUUAUAAUUCAGAUGUUUGAUUUUGUGAUGCGACUUAGGCCAGAUUUUGAGCAAAUAAGAGGUCAGCUUCUUAGCCGAACCAAGCUCCCAAACAUGGCAGUGGCUCUCUCAUCUUUGCUUGCUGAGGAGACCCGCCUUCGCUCACUUGCCUCAUCUUCGGUGGCUCUUCCGCAUGUGCUUGCUUCUUCGGUGGUUCCUCAGCUUGGAGUUGCUGCUGCCCCCUCUUUUAGUGAGAUUAUUUGCUCUCACUGCAAGAGGCCUGGCCACCGUGUUCAGAGAUGUUUCAAGUUACGCCCGGAGUUGCUGGCCGAGCUAAGGGCCAGGCGUGGUGCUUCUCAGGGGGGUGCGCCUCGGCGUGCGACCAAUGUCCCUUCAGCGUCUGCAGCUUCAGUCAUGACUGUUCAGCCUGAGAUGAGCCAUCAAUUGUCCGAUGGUUCAGCAGCGUCUACUCCUGCUCUAGGAUCGUCAAACCCGAGCACUCGUUGGUACUGGCCAUCGCCGUAGACGUUCUCCUGGACUCAGUGGCCAUCGGCGUAGACGUUCUCCUAGACUCUAUGUUCUUGAUCACUUGAGUCUACCGUCGUCAUCCUUUUGCCCUGACACUACUUCAGAUUCAGCCUUAGCUUUGGGAUCUGCAUCCUCUGCUAUGUUUCCUUUGUGGCAUCAUUGUUUGGGACAUUUGUGUGGUUCCCGCCUAUCUACCUUAGUCCAUGAGGGAGUCCUAGGUCAUGUGUCUCUUGAUCCUAGUUUUGAUUGUAAGGGUUGUAAGCUUGGCAAGCAGAUCCAACUUCCGUACCCUACUAGUAUUUCCAUCUCUAGUUCCCCUUUUGAUCUUAUACACUCUGAUGUUUGGGGUCCUGCUCCUUUUGCCUCUAAGGGUGGUCAUAAGUACUAUGUUAUAUUUGUUGAUGAUCACUCUCGAUAUACAUGGAUCUACUUUAUGAAACACCGCUCUCAAUUGUUGUCUAUAUACCGGUCUUUUGCUUGUAUGGUCCACACUCAAUUUAAUGCUGCUAUUCGAAUUUUUCGUUCUGAUUCGGGGGGGAGGGGGGGAAUAUAUGUCGGCCAUUUUUUGCCAGUUCCUUUCUUCAGAGGGCACUCUCCCUCAACUUUCGUGUCCUGGUGCUCACCUUCAAAAUGGUGUUGCUGAGCGUAAACAUCGUCACAUCAUUGAGACUGUCCGCACUCUUUUGAUUGUCUCGUUUGUUCCUUCUCACUUUUGGGCUGAGGCAGUCUCAACCGCUGUUUAUCUCAUUAAUAUCCAGCAAUCUUCUCGCCUUGAGGGAAAAUGGCCCGGAGAGAUCUUGUUUGGCUCUCCUCCUGAGUAUGACCAUCUUCGGGUUUUUGGUUGUACUUGUUAUGUUCUGUUGGCACCUCGAGAGCGAACCAAGUUAACCGCCCAGUCGGUUGAGUGUGUUUUCCUUGGGUAUAGACUUGAGCAUAAAGGAUAUCGUUGCUAUGAUCCAUCUGCCCGUCGUAUUCGCAUGUCUCGAGAUGUCACCUUUGUGGAGGACCAACCCUAUUUCUACUCUUCUUCCACUCCUAAGUCUCCGUCACCUCCAGAUUCAAUUUCUUUCCUCUAUCUCCCUCCUAUUCCGUCUUCUGAUUCUUCCACUGACAUUCCAAUACCUUCUUUUGUUCCUCCUGCAUCACUUGAUACAUCUUUACCUACUCCUUCAGUUGUUGACAUAUCCCCUUUUCCUUACCACUAUAGUCGUCGACCUCGUGUUUCCACUCAGGAUCAGCCUUCCACUUCUUCUCCUUCCAAUGUACCGGCCAGUACCACCGAUGCUCCUCAUGACGAUCAGCAACCUGCCUCGCCUUCUAGGUACCGCCUUCGUGAUCGUGGUAAUUUAUCUCUUCCUGAGAGAUAUCGUUCUAUUGCUGGAGUUGUAUGUGAACCUAGUACUUAUGAGGAGGCCGCGAGUAUUCCUGAGUGGCAGGAAUCUAUGUCAGAAGAGCUUGCAGCAUUGGAACGUAAUGGCACUUGGGAUCUUGUUCCUCUACUAGCUCGAGUCGUUCCUAUUACAUGCAAAUGGGUGUUUAAGAUCAAAACCAACUCUCAUGGCUCGGUAGCACGCUACACGGCUCGUCUUGUUGCUCGUGGUUUUCAGCAGGCAUUUGGCCGUGAUUAUGAUGAAACUUUUGCUCCCGUUGCUCAUAUGACAACUAUUCGGACUUUGAUAGCUGUGUCGGCAGCACGUUCCUGGACUAUCUCCCAGAUGGAUGUGAAGAAUGCUUUUCUUCAUGGUGAUUUACAUGAAGAAGUUUACAUGAAACCACCGCCCGGCAUUGAUGCUCCUGCUGACCAUGUUUGUUGCCUCCGAUGUGCUCUUGGUCUCAAGCAAGCUCCCAGGGCCUGGUUUGAGCGGUUCAAUUCAGUUGUUUGUGCUGCUGGAUUCUCUCCUAGCGACCAUGAUCCGGCAUUAUUCACUCAUACCUCCGAGCAUGGACACACGCUACUCUUGCUUUAUGUGGACGACAUGCUCAUCACUGGAGAUGAUUUGGAGUAUAUCACCUUUGUGAAGCAGCGCCUCAGUGAGCAGUUCAUGAUGUCUGAUUUGGGCCCUCUCAGCUACUUCUUGGGGAUUGAGGUCACCUCUGCAGCUGAGGGUUACUCUCUCUCUCAGCAUUGAUAUAUUGAGGAUCUUAUCUCUCGUUCUGGUCUCAUUGACACACGUGUUGCUGCUACACCCAUGGAACUCCAUGUACAUCUUCGUAGUAGUGAUGGUGUCCUGCUUGAUGAUCCCUCUCGGUACCGUCAUAUAGUUGGCAGUCUUGUUUAUCUUACUGUCACCAGACCGGAUAUUGCUCAUGUUGUUCAUGUACUCAGCCAGUUCGUCAGUGCUCCCACAUCAGUCCAUUACCGCCACUUGCUUCGUGUGCUGCGUUAUUUGAGGGGCACUGCUUCUCAGUGCUUGUUCUAUGCUCGUUCGAGUCAACUCAAGCUUCAUGCUUACUCUGAUUCGACAUGGGCGAGUGAUCCCAUUGAUCGGCGAUCGGUUACUGGCUAUUGCAUUUUUCUUGGCACUUCUCUCAUCGCAUGGAAGUCUAAGAAGCAAACUGCAGUGUCAAGAUCAAGUACAGAAGCUGAGCUUCGGGCGCUGGCCACCACUACUUCUGAGAUUGUUUGGCUCCGUUGGUUGUUGGCUGAUAUAGGUGUGGACUGCAAGGAUCCUACACCUCUUCUUUGUGAUAACACCGGGGCCAUACAGAUUGCCAAUGAUCCUGUCAAACAUGAGUUGACUAAGCAUAUUGGAGUGGAUGCUUCAUUCACUCGUUCUCAUUGUCAGCAGUCAACCAUCGCCCUUCAGUAUGUGCCAUCUGAGUUUCAAGUUGCAGACUUCUUUACCAAAGCUCAAACUAGAGAGCAACAUUGUCUUCAUAGUGGCAAACUCAAUGUGUUGCAUUCUCCAAACCAGUUUUCAGAUCCACAUUGAGUUUGAAAGGGGUUUUAAGUGUGUAAUGUGUAUACUGUAGGACUGGCCCAUAUGAGGCCCAUGGAGACAUGUAUAUAGCAAACUAUCACUAAGGAAUAUUGUAUGUAAUUCCUGAAUUCCCCAUUUUGUAAGAGCUACCACCUCGGACGACUACAACGUGAUUUUCAUGUUGUCA